AGAAGCUAAGGGAAGAGAAUGUUGACGUAAUAAUCGUCCUUCGACAGCCUUUUCUUUUGACGUCAGACGGGUAGUGUGACGUAGUGUUUCGGCAAAUGAUCACGUGACCGAUGGAGAUAACUAGGAUGUGGAGAUUCUCUAUGGUCAGUAGGUUCAAGAUGCUUGGACUGGGAUGUACUGCUCUGCUCCUUACUCUAUACUGGCUUUCUGGUGCUAUAAAAGUAGAGGUUUCUCCUUUAGAAAAAGGCGAAUUAACCGCUCAACCCGUGCUGGUUUCGGUUUAUUACGAAACCCUCUGUCCGGAUAGCAAACGUUUCAUUCUGGAUCAAUUAUGGCCGACGUAUCAAGCGGUUUCUGAUAUAAUCAACGUUGAUUUGGUACCGUACGGUAAAGCUUAUGAAACCGAAUUAAAUAAUGGAACGUAUCUCUUUCACUGUCAACAUGGACCCGACGAAUGUUACGGAAACAUAAUACAAACUUGUGCCGUUAAACUAUUGGAUAUCCGAAAAUCUUUAGCAUUAAUCCAAUGCAUGGAAUCUUACUCUCAGUCACAAGCAGCGGGGGCAAAGUGUGCUAGAAGACAAGAUAUCGAUUAUAAUAAAAUUGAAGAAUGUGUACAGAGUAAACAAGGCAAUACUUGGCAGCACGAAAUGGCUAAAAGAACAGAUUCGCUCAAGCCACCUUUGCAUUUUGUGCCUUGGAUCACUUUUGACGGGGUAUACACAAGAGAAUAUCAGAAUCGAGGUCUAAAUGAUUUAUUGGGUUUAGUUUGUGAUUUAUACAAGGGUCCAAAACCGGAAUCGUGUCCAAAAUAAGUCACUAAAGACCACAAGGUUUUAAAUCAAACAAUUUGAAGUGAUAAAUUAUUCCUCAUUUUAAUGAUUGAAUCCAUUUUUAUGGGUCCAGAAUGACUUCCAAAAUAAA